UCAUUCAAAAAACAAACUAGAAACAUGGGUAAACUUACGCUUUACGGUUUUGAUCCCAGUCCUCCAGUGCGUCCAGUCAAAUUGGCACUGGCAGCACUCCAGCUGCCCUAUGACUUUGUCGAGGUGAAUGUCAUAAAGAAGGAACAAAUGUCCGAAACGUAUCUGAAGAAGAAUCCACAACACACUGUUCCAGUGCUUGAGGAUGGAGAUGCUUGCAUUGUGGACUCACAUGCCAUUAUGAGCUAUUUGGUGAGCAAAUACGGCAAGGAUGAUUCCCUGUAUCCCAAGGAUCCGCUGCAGCGUGCCAUUGUUGAUCAGCGAUUAUACUUUGAGUCUGGCGUAGUCUAUGCCGAUGCAUUUAGAAGGGCCAGCGCAUACGCUUUUACCACCAAAGUAGUGCCCAAGGAUCGCAUUGAGGCUAUUGUCGAGGUCUAUAACCUUAUGGAGUCCUUCCUGAAGCAUCACGAUUAUAUCGCUGGGGAUCAUUUAACUAUUGCCGACUUCAGUCUCAUUGCAUCGAUCAGUUCAAUGGUAGCAUACGUUGAAAUUGAUGCCUCGAAGUAUGUGAGACUCGAUGCUUGGGUUAAGCGACUGGAAAAGCUGCCGUACUACUCGGAGAAUUCCAUUGGUGCUGAACAACUUAUAGCCCUAGUUAAAGAAACCAAUUUCAUUGUGGAAGCAUAACAUUGCAUUAAAAAAAACAAAAUAAAUUAAAAGAAAAGAUAUCAAAACAGAA